AUGAGGCGGUAUCUUGGCUCCGUGAUUUCAAAUCCUCGGCCUGCACAAGCUCUUGGCAUAAAUCACCCUCUUAUAGUCUUUUGUUUUAUUGCUACUAGGACUUUGUCACUAGCUCCUGCUGUAUAUUGGUGCUUAAAAUGUCUACACCUUUUCUUUUUUGGUGAUGGUCGUGCAUGGCUAGCAUUAACAUCUGCUCUCUGGACAAUUGUUUCAGGGUACUUAUCUUUUGUACUGACUACUGGGUUUUUAUUAAAAUGGCUUAUUCAUUAUUCUAUCGCACCCACAAUAAUACGUUUAUUGUCCCUUAAUGUUAUUAACUUUUCCUUUGUGUCUUUGAGUGUCAAUUUUAUAACUCAUGGCGAUAAUUCCCUUUUGCUCCCCGCUUGGAUUGCCAUAUCUUGCUUUCAAACAGCUUCUUACAUCGUUCAGGAUUGGAUUACUUCCCCCAUUACCCGAACAGCCCCAUUUCCGUCUUCAUCCUCCGCGGGUAAUUCUCUGUCAAACAGACACAGCUUAGAUUUUUUGGAAAUUACAGUGUUUGCUGUUGUGCCUGUUGGUAUUGCAAGUUUUUUCACAAUGCUGAUGCUUCUGUGGCAGAUCUACAACGAUCCGAUAUACUUUUUAGGCUCCUGA